AUGGGGUCACUCAAGUUAGACAGUCUUGGAUCCCACUCCACCUCUACACAUAGGAGGGGAGGCUUAGUCCUGGAGUACAUGGUUACUAACAACCAGGUGAACUUUGUAAAACUUUUGUUAUUCUUUUCCAUUGGGAACGUUGCUCAACGGCACUUGAAAUGCAGAUUCCCCUAUGGCCUUGAUUGUUGUGAUGGAUAUUACAGAACAUAUAACAACUCCUGUACAGCUUGUCCAAGUGGAUUUCAUGGAAAAAACUGUAGUACGAGGUGUAUAUUCCCUGCCUAUGGAGUGGGCUGUUUAGAAGAAUGCAGAUGCAACAAGUCCUUGUGUAAUUUUAUUGUAGGAUGCCCUGCAGAUCAAGGAAUAGAAAAGAAAACCUCUUCCUUUGUCAGCUUUCUUACAACACAUUUGCCAAAAAGGUCACUUGAAGUUGAAGACAUGUUCCAUUCAACAGCCAGUAGUGAAACGGGUAUUAUUCCCUAUUUUUUCUUAACUUCUGUUAUUAUAAAAUAAUACAAUUUUAAAAGAUUUGACAUU